AUGAAUGACUUCAGGGAUAAAUAUAACACAAAUCGAGAUGACAUCCCAUUGAAAGAGGCUAGAACUGAGAAUAGUGACGAUGAUGAUGACGAUGAAGAAGAAAAGCAAGUCUAUCCACCAAGCUCAAAGCUUGCUCCAAUUUUGAUAGGACUUUGCUUUCAAUCUUUUUGUAUUGCCUUGGACAACACAAUCCUCUCAACCGCGGUUCCCAAGAUCACUGAACAAUUCAACUCACUUGGCGACUUAUCUUGGUAUGCCAGUGCUUACCUUUUAACCACAUGUGCCGUCACUCUACCAUUUGGCAAGGUAUACACAUAUUAUUCGACAAAGUGGACAUACAUGGUUGCUCUCGGCUUGUUUGAAAUCGGGUCUCUGAUAUGCGCAGUCACGCCAACAUCAAAGGGAUUGAUAUUUGGGCGAGCAAUUGCCGGCGUCGGAUCUGGAGGAUUGUCACCGGGCGCUCUACUUGUGCUCGCAAACAGUGUGCCCCUUCACCGACGUGCCCUCUAUUUCGGAAUUAUCGGCAGCACGAGUGGAAUUGCGACAAUCACAGGUCCACUGCUAGGGGGGCUGUUAACUGAUCAUGUCAGUUGGAGGUGGUGUUUUUGGAUAAAUCUGCCUUUUGGCGUUCUCACUGGCCUUGUCAUUUUAAUCUUCUUCAAGGAUUCCACAUCGCCAAAACCCAAAAUAAGUCGACUAGGGCAGCUAAAGCGAAUGGAUCCCCUCGGUGUACUUGCCUUCAUCCCCGCGGUCGUCUCCCUUCUAUUGUGUCUCCAAUGGGGUGGCACCAAAUACAGCUGGGGCAAUGCUCGAAUCAUUGUUCUCUUUGUUCUGUUUGGCGUUCUCGGUUUUGCGUGGUGCAUUAUCCAGGUCUGGCAGCAGGACAACGCCACAGUACCGCCUCGUUUACUCAAGAAUCGAAAUGUACUUGGGGCAGUACUUCAUGCUACAUUCCUAGGUGGUUCUUUUUUCAUCUUUGGAUACUAUCUCCCUAUCUGGUUUCAAGCAGUCAAGGAAGAUUCUGCAUCAGAAUCUGGAAUCAACAAUCUUCCCAUGGUGGUCGCUAUGAUUGUAUCCUCUGCUUUAGCAGGAUUAUUGGUUAAUAUCGUUGGAUACUAUACGCCACUUAUGUUCGCUGGAAGUGCUUUGCUCGCGAUUGGCUCUGGACUGUGUACAACUUUCAAGGUGAACAGCGGACAUCCGCAGUGGAUUGGAUACCAAGUCAUACUUGGAAUUGGAGCAGGGCUUGGCUUCCAGCAAUCGAUCAACGCACUUCAGACUGUACUGCCAUUACAGGACAUACCGAUCGGAAUUGCCAUCAUCACCUUUGCACAAAGCCUCAGUGGGGCAAUGUUUAUUUCAAUAGCCCAAACAGUUUUUGAAAAUCGCCUUGUGGCCAGCAUAACGGCUAAUGCUCCCAAUCUCAGUCCGAACGCAAUAAUAAAGGCCGGAGCUGCGAAUUUAUCCCAACGCGUGCCCAAAGAGAUGCUGCCCUCCGUCCUAUAUGCCUACAACAUCGCCAUCAUUCAAACAUUCUACGUUUCCGUCGCUGCUGCACUACUCUCAUUUAUUGGUGCUGGACUUGUUCAGUGGAAGUCCAUGAAAAGACGGCAGAAAUAUGACGGCACAGCUUGA